CUCACCGACCCGUACCCAUUUAUAUAUUCAAAAACCCUUUAAGUAAAAAGAAAUUAGGGUUUUUCUCAUUCUCUCAAUCUCUUUCUCUGUCCUACCGUAGCCAUGCCUCAGGGAGAUUACAUAGAGUUGCACAGGAAGAGAUUUGGGCGUCGCCCUGAUCACUUCGAGCGUAAACGUAAGAAGGAUGCUCGUGAAGUUCACAAGCGAUCCCAAAUUGCCCAAAAGGCUUUGGGUAUCAAGGGUAAGAUGUUUGCUAAGAAGCGGUAUGCUGAGAAGGCCCAAAUGAAGAAAACAUUGGCUAUGCAUGAAGAGUCAUCAUCCCGGCGCAAGGUUGAUGAUGAUGUGCAUGAGGGUGCUGUCCCUGCAUAUCUGAUGGAUCGUGAGACUACCACAAGAGCUAAGAUUCUUAGCAACACAAUAAAGCAAAAGAGGAAAGAGAAAGCUGGAAAAUGGGAGGUGCCUCUGCCUAAGGUUAGGCCUGUGGCUGAGGAUGAGAUGUUCAGAGUGAUAAGAUCUGGCAAAAGGAAGACCAAGCAGUGGAAGAGAAUGGUUACAAAAGCCACCUUUGUCGGAGCAGGGUUUACCAGGAAACCUCCAAAGUAUGAGCGGUUCAUCCGCCCAUCUGGCUUACGGUUUACUAAAGCCCAUGUGACACACCCUGAACUUAAAUGUACGUUCAAUCUUGAGAUCAUCGGGGUGAAGAAGAAUCCUAAUGGUCCAAUGUAUACUUCUCUAGGUGUUAUAACCAAGGGAACCAUCAUUGAGGUUAAUGUCAGUGAACUUGGUCUUGUCACUCCUGCUGGGAAAGUUGUAUGGGGUAAAUAUGCUCAAGUGACGAAUAAUCCUGAAAAUGAUGGUUGCAUCAAUGGAGUUCUCCUAGUGUAGUACUUUUUAACAGAGAAGAAACUGCACCUUUUUUUGUUUGAAUAGAGUGCAUAACUAUAUGUAUCUCUUCGGUAUUGCUGGACUCUGGUUGCGACAGAGUUGUAGAACAGGAGAGGCGAAAUGAAGUAGUGAUUUGUUGGAACUUGCAACUGUACCGAUGAUAUUAGUCUUUGUUUAUUGUUAUGCU